GCCUAUGCGACUUUCACUUCUUUUACCUCUGAAUUUACUUCAACAAAACCCUGUCAUAUCCUAUUGUUUCCAAGGUUUCUGGCCUUCGACCUCAUCUGUACUUGGUUGUAUGUGAUAUGAAACUCUAGUGAUUGGCAGUUGUGACUUUCCACCUCCCUCGACCCCACCUACAUGCCACUGACACUUGGCCUGCAGAUAACCAUUGGCCUCGGCCUUCUUGGCGCGAUUUCACAUCUCUGGGCUUAUAUUGUUUCAGUGUUCAAUGCCAUUGCUCACCAUGGAUCGCAACACGCCCUACAAUUUCUGGCAGGAGGAUUCACAACUAUACCUACAUGUCAAGGCAGCCAAUGCAGAGCGCCUACAAAAAACUACCGAUCAUUCGAUUUCUCAGCCUCACCAACACUUCCUGCAUUUUGUACUAGAGAAUUCUCCCGGCGAUUCCACACCUGUUGUUUCCCAGUAUCACGUUGUGUGUGACGGAGACUCGACAAUCGGGAGUCAAACAGUGGGUCCUCCGAGUUGUGAUGACGUACUUGAUGCGGGUAUAGCUCAGGGCGACAUUCAAAGCGAUACUGCUGGACAGCAUCUACACCGCGCUUCUUCCAGCUAUUCUCCCUAUGACUAUUUGCCUGCCCACAACAUGGGCCACUCUGACACAAACCUUGUCAAGUCAUGCUCGCACAUGCAAGAGUCCCAGCAUGACCCACGUCAUCAAUUACAAGAAGAGGUUGACCCUCAUCCUCGAUAUGUGGUCAACGAUGACGAGUCAAAAUCGCACGCCGGUUGUGCGUCUGUCUGCCAGUGGAAUGAUGGUUAUGGCGCAUGCGGGAGGAUCGUAAAUGCCGCCAAGAUCGGGGAACAUAUGUCAUCAUACCAUUUCAAGUCACCAUUGCGCGCGGACAAACGCUUAAAAUGUCUCUGGAAGGACUGUGAACUGCACAAGCUAGUACGGCGAGAUACGAUCAUCCGUCACAUCGUCGAGAAACAUCUCGGACUCAAGUAUCGAUGCAAGCUCUGGGCAGCUUCUCCUGCUGGUGCCGGUUUCUGUCGAUCUCGGAAAAAUACACGCCUGCAUGAAUGUUGAUCAUGUAGCCUUCGUCUGUAACUUAUUAUCAUUCUUGUUCUAGUCUGUUUGCAGUUCUCGCUGUUUC